ACCCUUGCAUCAAUCGACGUCUGCUAUAUGACAAUAUGAAAGGUGAGCAGUAGAAGAACGCUGACCCAUCAGGGAAUGGCCAGCCAACCUAAAGAGGAGAAGGAACUUAUAGCUGAAUACAACAUUGUUCAGUGUCGUCCAUAGGAAUAAGAAAUAGGAAAAAUUUUAUUCAACCACUCUCAUACUUUCUCCGUCUGCUGAUCGCCUUCAUCAUACUUGGGAGUCAAAAAAGGCCCACUGAGAGUGUAUCGGUGUCACAUGAUCUUCUUCUGUUAUAAUUAAUACAGUCAACGGGAUCCAGGAUCGAAUAACGAUGGAGCGCUAAAGAAUCGUAUAUACCUGCUUGGAAUUUCAGCAUCCAGUCCAAGUCACGAUCUGCAUCUGGAUGUAAAAACUGAUGGACCAAUUGAUAUAAAUUGUACAAUCACAUAGGGUCUAGCCUGAUCACGUCGGAGUUCUGCAGAUAGGAUGGCGAUAUAUCAGGACAAAUUCUACUUACUCAUAAGUAUUGGAUUAGCGAGCUUCUUCGUUAUAUCCCUACUUUAUCGACCAAUAGAGACGAGGGUUGAUCAACCGCAACUGCGAUGCGCGCCGCAAGAGGUGGUGAAAUAUGUGACGGUAAAGCCUCGCUCAUAUUUGAACAGGCCUACGGAAGCUGCCACACCUACGAUGACUCGUCAGCUGACGAGAUAUCAAUACCCGAGAAAGAAAACACAACAACAGCAGGAUGAUGAUCUAGAUGUGGACAUUGUAUUACAGAGAGAGAAAUACAGACAGACGGAACUCAAUGAUGUGUUCAUUGGUGUGAAAACAACCGAAAAAUAUCAUAGCACCCGACUACAGCUCAUCUUAGAUACUUGGUUUUCAUUAGCUCCUGAACAGACAUAUUUUUUCACAGACGGAGGUGACAUGGAGCCAUAUCAGAACAAAACAAACGGUCAUAUGGUCAAAACCGGGUGUAAACAGCGCCAUUCACCUGCAGGACUCUGUUGUAAAUUAUCCGCUAUUUUCAGUGCUUUCAAAUCAUUUGAUAAAAGAUGGUAUUGCCACGUGGAUGACGACAACUAUCUGAAUAUACCUCAGCUGCUAGCCUUGCUCAGAGGGUAUGAUCACAAUCAAGAUUAUUACCUUGGUCGACCAAGUGUGACACAUUCUAUAAAAGGCAAAGAUCAUCUCAAGAAUCGGUCUGCCGAGUUCUGGUUUGGCACCGGAGGAGCAGGAGUUUGCUAUAGUAAGGCGUUAGUACCGAAGAUGAUGCCUUAUGCGAGUCGUGGAAAGUUUGGAAAAACAUGCGCUAGAGCGGGUCGUCCUGAUGAUAUGACUAUUGGUUUCAUAGUAGAAUACUUAUUAAAUGGGACAUUGACGAAAAUGCGCACCUUCAACUCACAUAUUCAAAAACUAGCGACGUUACCCACAGACGACCUUCAUAACCAGGUAACCUUAAGCUACCGUCUUAACGGCAAAAAGAGACCUAAUAUCAUCAACAUGAGACCUACAAUGGACGAUGAUCCUACCCGAUUCAAGUCAUUCCAUUGUACCUAUUUCCGUGGAUAUGGAAAUUGUUCCUCCAGUUGAUACACCUACCAAACUCAUUUGAUGGUCAUUACUUUAGGCGUUUUCAUAAAGAGCAUGCGCCACCAACGUUUAUCGUGAGAGGCUUGUGCGUCUACCUCUUUUACUUUCCUAAUAAGCCGACCGGUGCGCACUUAUUUGGAAUGCAUUACCUGAUGACAUUAAAUUAAGUGUAUCACUCAAUUCUUUCAAACAAUUAUUUAAAAAAAAAUAUUACUUAUAAAAUUAUCAGGCUUUGUUUGUUCAAGUAUCGUGUAGGGUUUGUCUUGGAAUAUUAAUAAUUUGUAUUUUUAUUUAUCAUCCUUAUUUUCUAGUUAUUAUGUUAAAAUGUCCAUUUUAAAAUGUUUGUGCUUACAUUUUGGUGGCAGCACUGUAUAAGACUUGGUUCUUCUAAGCUGUCUCCACAUUCUUAUAUUUAUAUUUUGUUUAUUACUAUGUAUAUUUAUGUGUUUUUAUGAAUGAAAUAAAUUGAAAUUGAAAAAUUGAUUAUACGCCCGCAGACUACACGAUCCGUUCCGAUCUGCUUUUUUAAGAAAUUUAAGUUGCCUUUGGUAUGAACAUUCCAACCUAUAAAAUCUUAUAACGAUCACAUAUGUUCCAAUUCAUUCGUGAAUUGAAUAAUGAAAUUGAUAUUACAGUCUAUUCCAAGUCUUCCUAGGGAAUGAAAACAAAUUCCAAAUCCUAAUGAUGUCAUCGGCUACAUGUGACUAAUAUUGAAGCAGAAUGAUUUGGACUUUACCAGUACCCACGGAAAACCUGCCAAGGUUUGCAGCAACGAACGUAGAGGGCAGUAACACAUUUAAAGAAAGUUUUUAUUCUUUAAAGCGAUGCUCCAGGUUGGAAAUAUAUAUUUCAUCAAAAUCGGAUAACAAAUAACAAAGUUAUUGAAUUUUAAAGAUUUGCAUUAUUCCGGUGAAACAGUUCUAGGCAUGUCUGUAUGAAUAUUCAUUAGGUAGGCUGAUGAUGUCAUUUCCCCACUUGUUCUUUUGUAUUUUAUUAUAUGAAAUUAGGUUUAUUCAAAAAUUUUCUACCAAGAACUAAAACGAUUGGAUUGACAACUGAUUAAGUGCAUUAUUUCAACAUAAUGGAGAGACACAUCAUUUACACAUGUAUGAAAAAAUGAAAGAAUUAUGAUUUCAUAAGAAAAAGGAAAGUGGGGAUGUGACAUCAUUAGCCCACCUAAUGAAUAUCGAUUCGAUAUUCAUUUACUCAUAUAUGGUAAUUUAUUCCCUAUUUUACUACAAUCCAAUAUCUGGUAUAUGCAUAUGACCAUAUUAAUUGCAUUAAUCUCUUCUGACUUAAAUCAAGUGUUUCAAUAUUCAAUAUGUUAAGAUAAUUACUUAAUUUCUACUUUUUUCAUUUCAUUAAGCAAUGUUCUACGGUCAACUAUUCUCGAUAUAUUUCCUACGCACAUUCAGUGGAAUUAUUCGAUAUGUUAUCUUCAGUGAUAUCUAUAUCACAGACUGGAUUUAUUGUAUUUCUAGUAUCUAAUCUAAUGUAUGUUUGACAAAUUUCGUUUGUAUGUUCACAUGACUAUAUGCUGAAAAAUAGUUCAUCUGGACAAAAUUAUCCUGUAAAAUGAUAAUCGGUUAUUUUUAAUGUGCUUUAGACAUAAAUUGUAUGUACUGUAAGUGCUUACAGAUUUGUUAUUGUAAAGAUACUCUGAUAACUCAAUAAAUAAUGCCAAUUUUUAU